CGGCUUAGAUUGCGUUUGCUUUCCUCUCCUAAAGCGAUUUCUACUUUUGGCUGAUAAGUUUUGAAAUUGCUAGUUUAUUUUUAAAAGCUCUUCAACGGUAUUAGCAAGGAAAACAAUUGAUUUUAUUGUUAAACACGUGAGCUUUCGAACAAACACUCUGUUCAUCUCCACACAAUUAUAAUUUUACUUAAAACAGUGUAUUUUUAAUUUAAACAGCCUGUUUUUUUUAAAAAGGACAACAUGAUGAUGCUGGAUCCAAAUGGUCGCCCUCGAAGGGCUUUAGCAGAAGAUCAAAAUGUAAAGAGUGCAAGGAACAAGUUUAAGAAUGUGUUGAAACACAUGGUUCAAGAUAACUUUCUCCAGGACGAGGAAAGCGAUUCAGAAAAUGAUGAAAAUCGACUCAUGUCCACGGGUCAACUUGGUGGAGGACUGAAUCGUUUGAGUGGAUAUAGAUACGGCUCGCCUUCGAAGAAACAGAAAAGAUCCGGAUCUCCAAGCGACAUGCCGUCAAAACCACAAGCCUCCUUCGUUAUGAAGUUGUUUGACAGGGGGGUAGACCUCGCCCAAUUUGACGAGUCCACCCCACUGUACCCAAUUUGUCGAGCUUGGAUGCAAAAUAAGCCACACCAACGACAACCGAAACGAGAGGACGAUGUUGAGUCAAACCUUUCAGAGCUAGAGUAUCAAGGGGAGACGGAAGAAGUUUAUCGAUUAUCGGCUCCAGAACCACUACCGUAUGAUGAGUAUGGCAACUUGAUCAGGGUUAGAGUUCCACCCCCCUUGCCGCGAGAAGGAGAUGAUUUUGACAUCAACUAUGAGGACGAGAACGCACCCUCUCCGGCAUACUUGUUCCAAACACAUCUCGAUCGAUGGAACUUGAUUCGACAACGAUGGAAGGAGGCGAGCGCGUACAACGAGAAGAGAUUUGAUGCUAGCUUCUCUGUAUUAAGACAAAUUCAUGAACGUGUGACCCACCAACAGCAACAGACUCAAAUUCAGACCUCUCAGCAGCAGCAACAACAGUAAUAAUAAUGCUGAUAUGCUAUGCACUCAUUUCAACUUUGACGUGCCGACAUUUUAACAUGUGUUUUUGCAAUUUAUUUCUCAGAAUUCCAAAUAAACAAAGAUAGGUACACUAAGUCUAAAUGACCAUUAAAUAAGGGAAUAGAAGUUUUUGCGUAAUGAUUUGAAAGCAUUGCAUUGGCAUUUUUUCUGACAUUUGAUAAGUUAUUAAAUAA